GAUCGGGACGUUGUGACACGUGUGUGGGGUUUUUGUUAUUUUUUCAUUAGAGUUUCGUUGGUUUUCGGGUCGGACCGGCCGCGGCGGGAAAAAAGGGUUCGGAGGAUAGCUGACGGGAAUUCCUACAGUGUUGAAUCAACAGCCCCAAGACGCGGUCGGACGAGGCAACGCCGGGCGUCCCGACGCCGUCUCCGUGGCCGACGCUCAGUCUGGAGCUGGACGCCGCAGCAGCGUGGGGGCGGAAGCUCUACCCCCCCGGAACGGCACCAUCCAGGCCGGGCGCUGGGCUGAUGUUCGGCCUUCACCACCAUCAGGACGCUGGCGCCGGUACCCUUCACCAUCACCAUCAGCCCCGCGGUCCGAGCCUCAAAGAGGAACCGCUGGCUAGGGGUUGGAUGCAAGGAGGGGUGGCGGAUCAGAACGGCUCGACGGUGGGGAGGGCCCAUUUCGAGAAGCAGCCCCCCUCGAACCUGAGGAAGUCCAACUUUUUCCACUUCGUCAUCGCCCUUUAUGACAGGGCCGGUCAGCCCGUAGAAAUCGAAAGGACCGCCUUUAUCGGCUUCAUCGAGAAAGAUCAGGAAGCUGAUGGACAGAAGACUAACAACGGUAUCCAGUACAGGCUACAGCUCUUGUUCGCAAACGGUGUUCGACAGGAGCAGGAUAUCUACGUCAGACUCAUAGAUUCCGUUACCAAACAGGCGAUCAUUUACGAGGGUCAGGACAAAAAUCCAGAGAUGUGCAGGGUGCUGCUCACCCACGAGAUUAUGUGCAGUCGGUGUUGUGACAAGAAAAGCUGCGGCAACCGCAACGAGACUCCCUCCGACCCUGUGAUAAUAGAUCGGUUCUUCUUGAAGUUUUUCCUGAAGUGUAAUCAGAACUGCCUGAAGAACGCCGGCAAUCCUAGAGACAUGAGAAGAUUUCAGGUGGUCAUAUCGACGCAGGUAUCGGUCGAUGGUCCCCUGCUGGCCAUCUCGGACAACAUGUUCGUCCACAACAACUCCAAACACGGCAGACGGGCGAAACGGCUGGACCCCACCGAAGGUCAAUUUCCAGGCCUCUACCCGCCCCUACCCGUGGCCACCCCGUGCAUUAAGGCGAUUAGCCCUAGCGAAGGGUGGACCGCGGGGGGCUCAACCGUCAUCAUCGUCGGCGACAACUUCUUCGACGGCCUCCAGGUGGUGUUCGGCACCAUGCUGGUGUGGAGCGAGCUGAUCACCCCACACGCGAUACGGGUUCAGACGCCACCCCGACAUAUACCUGGAGUCGUAGAAGUGACGCUCUCGUACAAGUCGAAGCAGUUCUGCAAGGGAGCGCCGGGUCGCUUCGUCUACGUCUCUUUGAACGAGCCGACCAUAGACUACGGCUUCCAGAGGCUCCAGAAACUCAUACCGAGGCAUCCGGGCGACCCGGAGAAGCUUCCCAAGGAAAUUAUACUCAAACGCGCGGCGGACCUCGCGGAGGCGCUCUACUCGAUGCCGAGGAACAAUCAGCUGUCGCUUUCCGCCCCCAGAUCACCCACGAUGGCGAACAACGGUAUGGCGACGUCCUUCAACGCGUACACAGGGCAGCUAGCUGUGAGCGUGCAGGACAGCGGAAACGGUCAGUGGACAGAAGAGGAGUACGGAGGUCGUGCGCAAAGCAGCAGCGCCAGCCCGCGCGGGGGCGGCUACUGUUCGAACGCCUCCACCCCCCACUCCUCGAACGGCGGCGGUUCCUACAACGGCAGCGGAGGGGGCGGCAACCAAAUGAACGGCUACGGCGGUACCACUCCGACCAGCACCACCCCCAUGUCGACCAUGUUGCCGUCAUCUCCGUCGGGGGGCAUCUUUAAUUCAGCACCAAGAAUGAGUCUGGUGUCGUCGCCAUUCGCAUCGAUGAACCCCUUCGCCCUACCCACGUGUAACGCACAGGGCUACGGUACCGCCGCCGCUGCCGCCCUUGUGGGAUCCACCAAAUAGGUCGGAACGUCAUAUAGUUACCAGAGUGUGCAAUAAUCCGCAUAGCGCCGCCCCCUCUCCUGGGGGCCGGUACCACGUAUCGAACGUUACUAAGCUGUGAUCAUUAAUAUACUUACGAGGUGAUGCCACGACGGGAGGGGGGGAGGGGGUACCGCAGCCCCGACCCACCCCCUUCGGGCGCGGUGGACGUUGUACCCGGAUCCGAGGGGAAAGGAGAUACUACAUUUUUUAUUUUAAUAUUAAUUAAAUUAUUUUAUUUAAUUAAUUAAGUUAGUUAAACUUUGCAACAACUUUGACGAUUUCCAUAGAUGCAUUGGAAGGUUUUCUUUAAAAGCGAAGAAAAAUUUAAAAUAAAGUGUUCAGUCUAGUAUUUUGAUUCCUAGUUCUUUAAAUUCGGGUUUAACAAAAAAAGUUAGAUUGGAAAAAUGUGAAAAAGAUUUUUUUUUUUGAAAAUUGACACACCGAAACGAUUGACGAAAAAGAGGAAACCUUUUCCUAUAAAAUUUUUCUACAUUGUCCAAAAAUAGUGAAUCGGUUUAAUCAUUUUUUAUUUGAAAAAUUACAACUUUGACACGUAAAGGAAAAUGUUUCAAAACUUUCGUAAAUUGAUUUUAUUUUUGAAGCAGAUACUGUCUAUUAAAAUUCCAGGCUUAAAAAUAGUGACAUCAUGAAAAAAUUAAAAUUUUAACCAAGAUUGGAUCGUGUAUCUUUUGAACCGUUAAAGCAGCAAAGUAAUCACAGAUUUUAAGAUUUUUCUUGCGUUGUUGUAUUGUUUUACAUUAGGAAAUAAUAGUCAUAGCCUUGGAUUUCAUCCCCUCUAGACCCCCAAAAACGUCUACCGUGCGGUCGGAAAACAAAAAUCAUCUCCAUACAAUGAGGAAAAUAUCACAAAGAAAUUUUGCAUAUCUUUGAAUAUUAAAAAAUUUAUUAAUUAAAAAUAAAACAAACCGAGUAUACAUAUCGCUAGAAAGCUGGGAUUCUAAAGUAAACUUUAAACGAAAAUAUGAAGAAAGAUCUUAUAUAGUUUUGUAAAUUAAUGGCUAUGUAAAUACUUGUACACUAUUAUAGCGAAACCAUAUCGACAUUUGGAAAUCCGAUCGGCUUUGUACGGAAAACCGCUUGCGAAGGUUUUUGUUUUUCCCACACCUAACCUCAAACCUUCACAACUGGUAUCCAAUCGUCCGAUUUUUUGUGUACAUAUUUAGAAAAUGGCGGACGCGAUGUAUUUGCGCCUGUGUACAAAAACAUGGAUCACGUUUUGCUACACAACGAUGUUUAAAUGAAAAAAACGGUAUACGAACAAGCGACUCUAUUGGUAUAAUUUACGCGAAUUAGUUAUCCCGGGAGCGCGGGACUUUUAGAGGAAGCGGCAACGGCGCCUCGAAUUGUCCUGUACAAGUAUAUGAUUUG